UCACAAAAUUUUAAGUAUACCGAAGCUUCAAUCAAAGAAAAUGACUUAAUCCAGUAAAUAAAUUACAAUGGAUACUUGUGUCUAAUUUGCAAAAAAUCAUUUUAAACUAUUUAGCUUUUUUUUUCGCUGUUUCUUCCCCAUCUUUCUUUCUCUCCUUUUUUUUUCUUCUCGUCAUCUCAAUGCUUGAUGUAUAUAGUUAAUGGCAGCAUGUACCGCCAUGUACUGAUUUCAUCGAAUUAUGUCGGGUAAAGAAAAUGAUGAGCGUCUGAGAUUUCAAAUUGAAUUGGAAUUCAUCCAGUGUCUUGCUAAUCCAAAUUAUUUGAACUUUUUAGCUCAGAGGAACUACUUAAAGGAUAAAGCUUUUAUAAAUUACUUAAAGUAUCUUCAGUACUGGAAGCGGCCUGAAUAUGCUAAAUUUAUAAAAUAUCCUAUGUGCUUACAUUUUUUGGAAUUACUUCAAUAUGAGCAUUUCAGAAGAGAAAUAGCAAGUACACAGUGUGCUAAAUUUAUUGAUGAUCAACAGAUUCUGCAUUGGCAACAUUACACUAGGAAACGUACUAGAUUUUUGCAGCCACAGUCUGAAGCAAUAGCACCCCUAGCUGUACCCCCACCUCCAACUGCCCAACCUCCUCAGAAACCAACAUGACUUACAUGUUAAUUGUUGGAAAUUUUUUUUCUGUAUUCUCUCUUUAACAUAUUAUGAAUAUUUACAAAUGGCUUUAAUACCUGUUUUGAUUUUUAAAUAAAUAUAUAUGUAAAUUA